AAAACCCUUGAGAGAAUUUUCUCGCGAACUUUCUGCUAUUUUCGCGAGGAAAAAAAAUGUCAUCUCGCCUCGCCCUCCGUCUCAGAUCCCACCUUCUCCGCGUCACCACCUCUCUUCGCCACCAGCACCACCAUCACAACUACCACUCUGUCCCCACGACCAAUACCAUUAUAUGCCCGUCAAUAAGCCCUCUUUCUCACCUCUCAGAUCUCCAACGAGCAUUCCCUACAGACUUCCGAUUCCGAUUCCUAUCCACCACCGCCCGACGCACUCCUGUCCGGCCCAAGCCCGUGGACAUCGGAGCACGGGCUCGACAGCUCCAGACCCGCCGCCUAUGGACUUACGCCCUCACGUUCAGCUGCAUCGCGGGCUUCAUCGUGAUUGUUCUCAACAAUUUUCAAGAUCAGUUGGUUUUCUACCUAACCCCAAGUGACGCCUGGGAAAAGUACACCACAAAUCCAUCCAAGAACAAGUUUCGUCUCGGGGGUUUGGUUCUCGAAGGGAGUGUGGCGCAGCCCUCCGAUUCUCAGGAGAUGGAGUUUGUGAUUACGGACUUGUUGACAGAUAUCUUGGUUAGGUACAAGGGUGCCCUACCUGAUUUGUUCAGGGAAGGUCACUCUGUGGUGGUGGAGGGGUUUGUGCAGCCGUUCACGGAUGAGAUGAAGAAGAAUAGGCCUUCGGAGAAUAGUGUCUCAGGGAAGGCUAGGAGCAUGGAAUGCUAUUUCGCAGCGAUAGAGGUGUUGGCGAAGCACGACGAGAAGUAUAUGCCCCAAGAGGUUGCUGCCGCCAUUGAGAAGAACAAGAAGAUUCUUGCAGAGGCCGCCACAGCGGAGGAAGCUGAAAAUGCGUAAGAUGAUCAAAGGCUAUGGCUUAUAUUGUUUGAAUUUCUGAUAAAUUUUUCAUUUUUAAUUGAUUUGUAUGAUUAGAAGGCAAAGCCUUCAUGAGAAAAAAUAAGUUUUAUUUUACUGAUAUUCAUAUAAUUUAUGGGAGGGGACUUUAUUGAUUGGUGUUAGGAGGAAAGACUUUUGGUUUUAGAAAGAGUGAUGAUUUUGAUCAAGUGAGGCUCUUACUUGUUUUGAUAGAUUUGCGGUGUAAUUGCAACAUUCAUUGAUGAUGUAUUUUUCGAAGUUGAAUGGUAGUUUUACUGAAUAAAAUGUGACGAACAAUGGGCAUUGAUUGA